AUGACAAUGUUUUUACAACAACCAAGUGCCGAUACCAGUACCCUCGUUAAAGAGAAGGGACACGUCCCAUUUGGAGGUUGUGAAUACGUUGACUUUAGUAGUUUCUCUAUUGAGCCCUCUCAUUUUGAUAUUUCUCAAUUUUAUGCCCAAGAUUUGGCUAGUUAUAGGGUAGAAACAUUACCCUAUAUCGCCAUCAAUAUGCCAGAAGUUGAGGUAUCGUUUUAUAAUUACUACAAUAAAUUGUUACGGACAUGCGAUGGGCCAAAACUUGAACGGUAUAAAACUGAAAUGUUUCCUUUAUUAGAGUCAAGAACAGUGAGAGGGUUCUUUACUUGGCUUAGGCAAAUGGUACUUUAUAAGCAUGAACACUGUAUUCCCGAUGUUUUCAUUAGAGGCGUGUUGGUUGCAAAUGCUGGGUUUACUGAUGAUGAAGGUUUGAAUUUGUGGGUUGAUGCGGUAACACGGGCACCAUUUGGUCUUGUUUGGUUUCCAAUUGGUUAUCGUUAUUUGUUCCGAUUGGAGAAGUUAUAUGUGACGGGGUGCUCCAGUUAG